AUGAAUCAGCGACCACGAAAUGAUUACUUGAGAGUGAAUAGGACUGGAAAGUACACUCGAAAGAGUAUUUUCGAUCAAGUACACACUAACGCUAACGUCAUACCUCAGCAGCCACGGCAACCGCAACCGAAAACACAAGUGUACAUCAUUGACAAGGAAGACUUCAAAACCAUUGUUCAGCAACUAACGAGUAAUCAAUCAUGUGAGUUCUUACCUCAAAACCUUCCAAAUCGUCAGAAGAUCAGACCAGAGGCGACCUCACCAGUUCCUCUCAAUGCCACAGGGGUUCAUGUCUCAUCGCAUAUGCAGUAUUUUGAAAGCUUACUUGAAGAAUCAUCGGACUCUAAUGGUGACAACUUCCAACAAUCAUUUGAUGAGAAUCAAUUUCAUAUGCAACCCAUGCUAUAUUCAAAUGGUGACAAUUUCCGACCAACAUUUGAUGAGAAUCAAUCUCAUAUGCCACCCAUGUCAUAUUCCAAUGGUCGUAAACCGAUCAUGACCACUACUUUACCCUCUCAUUGGUCCAAUGGUUCGCCUCAACAAAUGGACGGUGCUUACUCAUUGCAAUCAACUAGAGUUGAGUAUCCUCAACCAUUGACUCCAAAGUUCACAUUUUCGUCUGUGACUCAACCUGGAUAUUUCCAUCCGGACCUAGGACGUUUUUAG